UCUCUGCUCACCUUUUCUUUCACCAUUUUUCCCCCCAUAGUUAUUUCUCGCAGAGAGACAGGGCCCUCCUAUCCUCUCUCUCUCUACAACUACACACACAUGGAUAUAUAAAAAUUGCUUUUUUGUACCAAAGAUCCAACUCUUCCUUGUAAAUCUGCCUCUGUGUGUUUUUUCUGGUUAUUGAUUUUUAUUUUUCUUCAUGAGAGGAAUCCGAGGUUUGUUUUGUCCUUUUGAAAUUCCAGUGUUACUGCAAUUCAAGCCAUGGAUUUAACUCUCUCUCAUAUAUGUAUGCGUGAAUGUAUGUAUAUGGUGGAUGGUGUUCAUGCGUUGGGUGCAUUUUCAGAUUAAUUAGGGUUCUUAAUGUAUUGUGGCUGGUGGUGGCGGUGAUUGUGAUUUUGAUUCUGAUUUCUCAAAAUGUGGGCGAUGAUUGUGAUUUCCGAUAUGAAUUUUCGCUUCGUCGAGUCGAAAUUCGCAGCGUAGAUUGACGAUUCCUGCGAUUUCUAAGCGUUUUUGGUUCAGCGCGAAGGUUUCGUGUUCUAGCAAUUUGGGGGUGAUAAUUUCUGGGGCUUUUUUUUUGUUUUUUGAAUUUUCUUCACAGAUCCCCAAUUUUUUCUCUUCAGCCAUGCAUUAUUCUUCAAUUUGAAAUCCUCCAACACUCAUCCUUGGGCAAUUCGUUCAAAAUCUCUCGUCGAUUGAGGUCGAAUCGGAAGCCUCGAAACCCUCACAAUGUGGAAGCAAUUUUUGGGCAAACUCCCCAGAAAAUCCUCAAAAUCGGAUCAGGAUUUAUCCGAAAACCCUAAUUUGAGUUCCAACGCUUCCAGUCCCGUCGCGAAACGCGCCGCCGUGUUCCCUUCCAGCGUGAUCGCCGGAAUCGAGCCGUUGGUUCCCUUCAAAGAUGUCUCCAAUUCGGAGAAGAUGAAUCUCUUCAUCAGUAAACUGAGUCUGUGCUGUGUCGUCUUCGAUUUCACCGAUCCUGUGAAGAAUGUUCAGGAAAAGGAGCUCAAACGAGCCACAUUGCUCGAGCUUCUCGAAUUCGUGUCGGAAAAUCCGCCGAAAUUCUCCGAACCAGCGAUCCUCGCCUCUUGCAAGAUGUGUUCGAUCAAUUUGUUCCGUGUUUUUCCUCCUAGUUGUCGAUCCAGAGCCUCAAGUCUUGGCGAAAACGACAAUGAUGAUCAGCCUACAUUCGAUCCUGCUUGGCCACACUUGCAGUUAGUCUACGAUUUCCUGCUCAAGCUCGUUACCUCGACAUCUCUGGAAGUAAAAGUCGCAAAGAAGUAUGUGAAUCAGUCGUUUCUGCUCCGAAUCAUCGACUUGUUUGAUUCGGAGGAUCCUCGAGAGCGGGACUCUCUGAAGGCGAUUCUCCAUAGGAUUUACGGCAAGUUUAUGGUUCACCGGCCGUUUAUCCGGAAGAUAGUAAGCAAUGUGUUCUAUCGAUUUGUAUUCGAGGCCGAGAAGCACAAUGGGAUUGCAGAGCUCUUGGAAAUUUGCGGGAGUGUGAUUACGGGAUUCGCGUUGCCGCUUAAAGACGAGCACAAGAUAUUCCUAUCCAGGGCAUUGAUUCCGCUGCACAAGCCGAAAUCGUUGGGAAUUUACUUUCAGCAGCUUUCGUACUGCGUAACACAGUUCAUCGAGAAGGAUCCGAAUCUAGCGAGCAGCGUGAUUAAAGGGCUGUUGAAGUAUUGGCCGAUUACGAACAGUCAGAAGGAGGUGAUGUUUUUGGGGGAGUUGGAGGAGAUUUUGGAAGCCAUUAAUAUGGCUGAGUUUCAAAGGAUCAUGAUUCCGUUGUUCUGUCGCCUCCGACAUUGUAUGAGCAGCUUUCACUUUCAGGUAGCCGAGAGGGCUCUGUUCUUCUGGAACAAUGACCAGAUUCUGAGCCUCGUCGCGCACAACCGGGACAUCAUCAUCCCCAUCAUAGUCCCGACGCUCGAACACAAUGCGCAGGCGCACUGGAACCAGGCCGUCCUUAACUUAACGUUAAACGUUAAAAAGACCCUAACGGAUAUGGAUGAAGCCCUCGUGCAAACCUGCAUCUCCGAGUACAAAGCCAAGAAAGAAAAGGCAGACCAGACUGCCGGAAAACGGACAGAAACAUGGCGGCGUCUGGAGACUGCCGCCAGUCUUCAGCCGGCAGGCAGCAACACUGCUGUUCUGGUGACGCCGGGAACAUCCCCUGCGCCGUGUCUAUAGCUGCCGUCCAGGUUAGUUUGCUCGUUUGCGCCUGUGUUUAUGUGCAUUUUGUCUGUCUGUCUGUCUGUUGUCUUUUUUCUUUCUUUUUUUAUUUUUUUCGGUAAUUGGUCAUAUGUAUGGCUGUUUGCCCAUGUUUUGAGUUAUCGGUUGCGGCGCAGCUAUUGUUGUGUUAUAGUUAAUGUCUCUAACUGUAUGAAUUGAUAUGAUAUGUGGCUGUGUUUAAAUCUGCAAUGCCUAAGAUGUUUCGGGAGGAAGUUUGGGUAUCGAUGUUGUAAACUAUUUUCUUUUGUCUCUUUGGUAAUUUUUAGGUCUCUUACUUUGAUUGCUUUGGCUUUUUGCAUCUGGUGUAUAUUUGGUAUGUUUUCGA